AUGGAUGAGAGAAGCCACGCUGGAGUGGAACAUUAUGAAUGUAAACAACUUGGGAAAGCCUUUGGUGAACAUUCAUGCCUUGAGACUCACAUGAGAACUCACAUUAGACAUAAAGCAUAUAAGGGUAACCAACAUGGAAAAACCUUGAGGAAGAACUCUAGCUGUACUCUGAACAAAAGAACCCAUGCUGGGCAGAAACCUUCUGAGGAUUAUCAAUGUGAAAAAGCCUCCAGUUGGCUUCCAAAUAUUGUGCACAAAAAAAGUCACCCACGAGAAAAACUAUAUGAAUGUAAAGAGUGUGGGAGAGCCUUUGCUAAUCAGUCAUACCUUAAGGUACAUGUGAGAACUCACAUUGGAGAAAAACCCUAUGUAUGUAAGGAAUGUGGGAAAGCCUUCACUAAUUCCUCACACCUUACAGAACAUAUAAGAAUUCACAGUGGAGAAAAACCCUAUGUGUGCAAGGAAUGUGGGAAAGCCUUCACUCAAUCCUCAGGACUUAUGUUACACAUCAGAACUCAUACAGGAGAGAAACCUUAUGAAUGUAGAGAAUGUGGGAAAGCUUUCACUGAUUCCUCAAGUCUUAAUCAGCAUGUGAGAAUUCACAGUGGAGAGAAGCCAUAUCAGUGUAAAGAAUGUGGGAAAGCCUUUACCCAAUCAUCUGGCCUUACUGUACAUUUGAGAACUCACACUGGAGAGAAGGCCUAUGAAUGUAAGGAAUGUGGGAAAGCUUUUACUCGUUCCACAAGCCUUAACAUGCACAUGCGAACUCACACUGGGGAAAAGCCCUAUGAAUGUAAGGAAUGUGGGAAAACCUUUAGAUAUUCCACAUGCCUUAGUAUUCACAUGCGAACCCACACUGGAGAGAAACCCUAUGAAUGUAAGGAAUGUGAAAAAGCCUUCAUUCAGUCUUCAGCACUUUCUAAACAUGUACGAAAUCACAUGAGAGAAGCUCUAUGA